GUGUUAAUUGUACAAAAUGGUUCUUGGUUAGAUAAAUUCGUUUGUUGUAUUUUAAUAAUUAAUUUAUAAUAUAGAAAAUUAAAUAUCGCGUAUUUAUUAUGUAUACGUGGCGUAUAUGCAUUUAACGUUUAAGGGAAAAAAAAAAGAAAAAAAAAAAAGAAAAAAGAAAAAAGAAAACAUUGUGUAAAAAAAAAUAUUAUCACUAAGAUAUAAGUAAAGUAAACGAGUAAUACGAAGAAGAAAAAAGAAAAAAGAAAAUGAGUGAGAUAAAUAACGAGUAUAAUACAUCAAUAUUUAAUUCUGUGGAAUUACAAGUAAACGAUAUAUUAAAUCCUACGUUACACGAACACAGCCUUUUACAAAGCUUCGUAAGUAUUGGCGUCGAUGAUAUUGAUACGAAGGAAUCCAACGAAGAAUUUAAAAAUGUAAAUAAGAAAAUACAUACGAGGCAUUGCCUUGGAAUAAAUGAAGAAAACGAUGAUAUUGAUAAUCGAGAAUCGAAUGAUGGUGGUGAUACAAAUAAAAUAAAAAAAACGAAUAAACGAUUUAUACGAAAAACUGAUACGUCAUUCAUACAAGUUCAAAUGCAAAUGCAUAAAUCUCGAAUAAAACAGAGAAACAAUGUUGUUCAACGUCAGGAAGAAGUUUAUACGGAUAAAGAUCGUGCCGCUGCCGUUAAUAUGGGCAGCAAGGAUAUUAAACAAUCCUUAAAGCAAAAAAAGCGAUUAGACCGUAUCAAAAGCCCAUUACUUUCAGAUGUGGCAGAGCCGGGUUCUAUUUUAGAAUUAGGAAAACGAGAAAUGCGACUUGGCAAUGUCAAUGUCGCAUUUAAUUUUAUAAAUAAGGCAUUGGAAUUGAGUCCUAAUGAUAUUAACGCAUUGAUAGCACGAAGCAGAUGUUAUCUUUUAUUGGGCAAUCCACAAAAUGCAUUGCAGGAUGCUGAAACUGCAUUGCAAUGUAAAUUAAAAGAUUCGAUAAAUGCUCGUGCGGUCUAUUAUAAAGCCGAAGCUUUAUAUUAUCUUGGAGAUUUUGAGAUGAGUCUGGUAUAUUAUUAUCGUGGAAUGAGAAUGAGACCAGAAUUUGGACAAUUUCGACUGGGAGUACAGAAAGCGAAAGAUGCGAUACGAAAUAUAUUAAAUCAUGAUUAAACAGUGAUUAUUGUAAUAUUUAAUUUUAAUACAUCUAUUAUUAUAUCUGUUUUUUAUAAAAUUUACAAUUUAAUUACAUUUUAUUCGAAACAUUUGUUCAUAGUAAUGUAUGUUCGACGAUUCGUUUGAUUGAAUUGUUUUAAUAAUAGAAUGCCUAUGUAAAGACAA